CCCCCAACCGCCACGAUUCCCUCCCCGCACUCUCUCGCCGCGAUCCUUUCGCCUUCUGCUCCGCCUGAAGAUUCGACUGCAGGUGGUUCGCGCUCUUCUACCCCAAAGCGCACUCACGCAGAGGCUUUCUCCCCGUCCGAUCAACCUUACCUUCAUUCCGGGUCGCCCUCUCACCACCGACCCAAUAUUGCUUCAACCGGGGAGCCGAACCCCGGUGCUCGGGGCGCCGAUGACGGGAGUGCUGGAGUUAUGAGAGGCGGCUUCGACGAGAAGAAGCCUCAAAAAAUGCCCCUAGGUGUCAAUAAUGGUGUCCAUUCUAUAUGCAAGGCCUGCGCCCAAAGCAACAGAGAGUGUACGUAUCCUAUUGCAGGAUCGACGCCCGCGCCAAAGCGAUCCGAAGCUCCAGUUGGAAUAAAACAAGAAGGUGAUGCCGGUGAAAGCAAGAAACGGAUCAGAAAAGUCGAGGACACUGGGAGGAGGAAUAGCUCGCGCGCAGGAGAUGAUGCGUUAGAAUCACCAAUUCUGACGAGGAAAGUGUGGGACGAGCUAUAUGAAAUAUUCAAGCUUCACUUUUCUACGGAAAUGCCUUUCCUUCACCCGCCAACCUUCAGAAAUCGGAUGCGUCAAGCAGCGUUCCCGCGAGAUCCUUCGACUACAACUGCGGAUUUGGAAGAGGGAAGGGUACUUCUGCUGGGUGUCUUGACACUCACUGCAAGGUUUCACAAAGGCCUCGUUGCUCAUCACUCUCCGAGCCAGGAAGAUCCGCUUGCUGCUAGCGAGUACUAUGCCAAUGCUCUAGCUAUUGCUUUUGGACCAACAAUUCGGAAUCUCACCAAUCCUUCUCUGGAGAGUAUCCAGGCAUUGCUGAUGCUUGGCCUUUAUGAAUGGGGGCAGACGAGAGGGCUGAGUGCUUGGUUGUAUAUUGGAAUUGCUGUGAGGUUGGCCCAAUCAAUGGGGCUAACAUACGAAGAUGAUCUCAACGACGUGGGCCUCAGUCGUACUGGCACAGAUUCACAUAAAGCAGGCGCACCCAAAACUUCCGCUUCCCCUCGAGAAGAUGCUAUCGAUAAGGAGGUCCGGAGGCGCACUCUUUGGAGCUGUUUCAUCAUGGACCGUAUGCUCGCGGCUGGAAAAUACAGGCCAACCAUGAUGGCCGUGAAUAACCUUCGGGUUCAGCUUCCGUGCUCAGACGACCAGUUCUUGUUUGUCCACAAUGUUCAAACGGGCUUCUUGAACUCAGAUUGGCUAAAGCCCAAAUCUGCCGAGCAACAUGCAUCUAUCAAUGACGACGGAGUAUUGAGUAGAUACAUUCGAUUGGUUGAAAUCUUUGGGAGACUAUCUGAGUGGAGUUAUGCUGGAGGCCGGAGGACCGAGGAACAUCCUCCUUGGGAUGAGGCCACUGAAUUCUUCAGGUUGCGCCAUGAGUUGCAGAAAUUCCAUGAUGCAUUGCCAUCCAAUCUCACGUUAACGGAGGCCAAUCUGUCCGCCCACAUCGAGAAACGGAAUGCGACUACAUAUGCUUCUCUGCACACUCUCUAUUCCCUCUGCCUUAUUAUGCUGCACCGGGAGUACAUACCAUUCAUCCCGCUUCGCUGCAAUAAGCCUUCUGGCCCAUUGGAUGAGCCCACGUUCCCCAGAGAAAAGUUUGAAAUCCCACUUGGAUUCUGGGAGGAAAGCGCCGAUCAAAUAAUGAAAGCAUCGAGAGACAUCAUUGACAUUGUCUCUACUUGCCAAGAUAAUAAUUUCCUUCCAGAAUCACCUCAACUCGGCUUCGCAGUUUGGCAAGCAGCCUUCGUCUGUCUUUAUGCGACAUACUUCCCCCAGAUGGACGAGCAGCAUCAUUUGAUUCCGAGAGACACCCUCUCUCCCAGCCCCGAUAAGAUUCUGAGCGAUAUGGUGCCACGACUAAGGAUGGUAAAAAGGUAUCUCAAGUCCAUUGACAAGAUGAAUAUUUACUUUCAUGAUGUUCACCGUACCUACUGCGUCAAGUGGAGACGCAAGCCAUACCCUGGCGGUGGCUUGGAACAAUACAAGCAAUUUGAGAAGGAGCUCAAGGAGUUCGGGGACCUGAGGGAUCCUGAUCAGACCAUGGCAUCAGAUGGCUCCGAGGCACGCUCUCGAGCCAGUACGAAUGACAUCCCUGGAAGCAGUGUCAACGGGGAGCCAAUGCAAGGUGUGGAGGCCGCUCCCCAGAGAUCGAAUGGCGCUUGGGCUGCCGUCAACGCCGCUAGUCCUCCCGUCGAGGCAGACGAACGGCCAAAAUACGGUCAUGGGCCUUACCCAUAUGGGACUCCUUACCAGCAGCCCUCCAAUCAACCCUCCAAUCAACCCUCCAACGCACCAUCUCUCGUUUCUGCAUCCAACGGCGACUCAACUUCCGGUCUCAACUCCCCUUACGGCAGCAAUCAAUCUCAGUUACAGCAACGCUACCAGACCAACUCCACUCAGCAACAACCACAAAUCUCAAACUAUCCUGCCAUGGCCCAACAUACCAUGGCGCCACCAAACACGCAACAAGAACCAUCCGAUAUCGGCGGUUUCGAGGGUUGGAUCGAACCUAUGGAGAAAGUACGCAUCGGACUCAUGGACGAUUUCGGUCAGCAGGCUGUUGGGGAAUUUUGGGGGGUAGAUCCCGCGGCCAACUCAAUGAAUUAUAUGCAAACGGUGUGGGCACAGCAGCCGCUUGGGGCUGGGGCUGCAUGGUAG